AUGUCUGACGUUGAAACUCCAGUUGAAGUUCAAGAAGAUUUCGAAGUUGUUGAAGAAUUCACCCCAGUUACUUUAGCAACUGCCAUUCCAGAAGAAGUUCAAAGAGCUCAAGCUGAAAUCAAAUUAUUUAACAAAUGGUCUUUUGAAGAUGUCGAAGUUAAAGAUGCUUCUUUAGUCGACUACAUCCAAAUCAGACAACCAAUCUUUGUUGCUCACACUGCUGGUCGUUAUGCCAACAAGAGAUUCAGAAAGGCUCAAUGCCCAAUCGUUGAAAGAUUAACCAACUCUUUAAUGAUGAACGGUAGAAACAAUGGUAAGAAAUUAAAGGCUGUCAGAAUCAUCAAGCACACUUUAGAAAUCAUCAACAUCUUAACUGACUCUAACCCAUUACAAGUUGUUGUUGAUGCUAUCUCUAACACUGGUCCAAGAGAAGACACUACCAGAGUUGGUGGUGGUGGUGCUGCCAGAAGACAAGCUGUUGAUGUUUCUCCAUUAAGAAGAGUUAACCAAGCUAUUGCUUUAUUAACUAUCGGUGCUAGAGAAGCUUCUUUCAGAAACAUUAAGACCAUUGCUGAAACUUUAGCUGAAGAAUUAAUCAACGCUGCCAAGGGUUCUUCUACUUCUUAUGCCAUCAAGAAGAAGGAUGAAUUAGAACGUGUUGCUAAGUCUAACCGUUAA